AUGAACUUUCUGGGCAAGAUCCAUGAGCAAUACACAGAACUUUGGAAAGCGGUCAUUCGACCUCCACGCGAUCAUUAUGAGAUCAAGGACCUGGGGCCACCAGUUUUCAGCAUUGAGAACAAAACUUUCCAGCGGACAGACAUCUCUUUGAAGAACCCUCGCGGCUUGACGAUCGUGUGCAGCCAUUUCGAGCCCAUCAGCAGGGAACGGCCAGCGGGAAAGCUUCCGUGCGUGGUUUAUCUCCAUGGGAACUGCAGCAGCCGGCUCGAGGCCGUGAGCACGUUACCGGCGCUCUUGCCCUUCAACAUUACCGUCUUUUGCUUUGAUUUCGCCGGUUCCGGUUUGUCUGAUGGCGAGUACCUCAGUCUUGGCUACUACGAGAGGGACGACCUUGCAGUCGUCAUAGAUCACCUCCGGGAAUCCAACCGGGUGACCUGCAUAGGCCUGUGGGGCAGGUCGAUGGGUGCUUCCACGGCUUUGCUUCAUGCAGAUCGGGAUCCCUCAAUCGCGGGCCUGGUUCUGGACAGUCCUUUCUCGGAUUUAAAGGUGCUCUGCGAGGAAUUGGUGGAUGGCUACACGAACAGCCGGGUGCCGAGGUGGGUCAUCGGCAUCGCUCUUCAACUGGUGCGCAAUUCCAUUAGUGCACAUGCCGACUUUGACAUCUACGACCUUGCGCCUGUCCAGCACGUCUCGAAGUCUUUCAUCCCCGCGCUGUUCACGGCCGCGUACAACGACCAUUUCAUCAAGCCUCACCACGCCAGGGAGCUGCAUUCUGCGUAUGCCGGUGACAAGAACUUCAUCAUGGUGGAGGGGGACCACAACUCGGCGCGGUCCAAGUUCUUCAUGGACUCAGUCUCCAUCUUUUUCUUCAACACACUGCAGUGUGAUGCCUUGGUGGUGGACGUGCAGAGUGAGGCAGGCGCAAAUGCAGAGAUCCUUGCGGAUUCUGUGCGCAGGCCGCAGCCACCAGAAUUGUCGCAGCCGGUCGAGCCGCCUGCCCCAGCAUCUCAGGCCUUGGGCUUGCAGAUGCGCCCACCGGAGAGGUGA